AUGAAGUUUGGGGGUGGUUUUUGCACCUUGAACGUUGGCGGCCGCAGGUUUUCCUUCUCUGCAGAUCUGAUGAAGCGGCUCCCUCUCAGCAGACUCAGCCGACUGCAUCGCUGUGUGUCUGAGAGCGAGCUGCUGGAGCUCUGUGACGACUAUGACCGUGACAGGAACGAGUUUUUCUUCGACCGCCACUCUGAGGCCUUCAGCUUUAUUAUGCUGUACGUGCAGCAUGGAAAGCUACGCUUCAUGCCCCACAUGUGUGAGCUGUCUUUCUACAAUGAGAUGCUCUACUGGGGCCUGGAGAGUGGUGACCUCCAGCCCUGUUGCCAGCGACGCCUGGACGACCGCCUCUCGGACUGUUUCGUCCACUUCUUUCCUGAAGAAGAACCACGGAGCCACAAAGAGCCCCAGAGCCGCUGGUUGGAGAGGAUGAGGAAGACCUUUGAGGAGCCCACGUCUUCACUGGCAGCACAGAUCCUUGCUUUUGUGUCGGUGCUGUUCGUGGUCAUCUCCAUGGUGAUGCUGUGUGCCAGCACUUUGCCGGACUGGAAAACUGCUGAAACCCUGGACCAGCACAGGAUCAUUGAGGCGGUGUGUAUCGGUUGGUUCACAGCUGAGUGUAUCGUCCGUUUCCUGGUCUCCAGAGAUAAAUGUGAGUUUGUCCGUCGUCCUCUGAACAUCAUCGACCUGCUGGCCAUCACGCCGUACUACAUCUCUGUUACUGUGACCAACCUGACAGGAGAGAACUCCCAGCUGCAGCGGGCUGGGGUCACUCUGCGCGUCCUGCGCAUUAUGAGGAUCUUCUGGGUGAUCAAGCUUGCACGCCACUUCCUGGGUCUACAGACUCUUGGCUUGACUCUACGGCGCUGCUAUCGGGAGAUGAUGAUGCUGCUGAUCUUCAUCUGCGUUGCCAUGGCGAUCUUUAGUGCACUGGCACAGCUGCUGGAGCACGGCCUGGACCUGGAGGCUGGAAACCAGGACUAUGCCAGCAUCCCCGCUGCCUGCUGGUGGGUGAUCAUCUCCAUGACAACUGUGGGGUACGGGGACAUGUACCCGGUGACGGUCGCCGGCCGUGUGCUGGGCGGCCUCUGCGUGGUCAGUGGCAUCGUGCUGCUGGCUCUUCCCAUCACCUUCAUCUACCACAGCUUUGUCCAGUGCUACCAUGAGCUCAAGGUGCGCUCGGCACGCUGCACCCACAGCCUCUCUGCUGAGUACAUCCACUGA